GCCCCCUCAGCUCCCCCUAUCCUUUUUCAUAGUCAACAGGAAAAACAGGGCCAGAUCUCUGAGAGAGCUGUGAGAGAAGAGACAAAGAGAAGAACAGUACAGGAGAUCACAUUAGAUGUCCAACAAUCUUCCAACGCAGGACAAAAUGGACAAGCAAAAACUAAGGGCUGAAAUCAGUCCUCGAGUGUCCAAGAGCUCUGCGCAGCGCCUAAGCAGGGAUCUCACCUGCUCCAUCUGCUUGGACCUGUUUAAGCACCCGGUUUCCUUGCCCUGCGACCACACUUUCUGCGAGGCCUGCAUUACGAGUUACUGGAGCAACCCUCGUGGAAAAGUCCAGGGAGGAUCUGGUUCUUGUCCUCAGUGCAGGAAAGUCUUUCCAGGCCAGAGCUACCGACCCAACCGCAUUGUGGCCAACAUCGUGGAGAGCUACUGCCAGGGGAUUGAGGAAAGUGGGGGUCGGCUGACCGGGUUGUCAGUAGAGACAGUUCCUCCGACCCCAGUUUGCAGCCGACACAGAGAAGAGCUGAAGCUGUAUUGUGAGGAAGACCAGGAGCUGGUGUGUCUGGUGUGCGGGAUCUCGCAGGAUCACCGGGCUCACACGCUGGUGUGCGUGCAAGAUGCACAGAAGAGAUAUCGGGCUUCUCUAACCACUUCAGCAAAUGCUCUUCAAAAGGAGCUCAACACUGCCUUAGAGUGUGAGAAAGUGACUGAAGAGGAGGUGAAGAAACUGAAGGACCACACUGCAGACCUGAAGCAGAGAAUCGAGGCACAGUUCAGCGAACUUCAUCAGUUCCUGUAUCAGGAAGAGAAACUCCUGCAGGUCAAGCUGAAGACGGAGGAACGUCGAGAGCUGAUAAGGCUGGAUGAGCACAAGGCCCUGCUCAGCGUGGAAAUAUCACGCCUGCGCAGAGCUGUGAACGACAUCGAGGACAAGCUCAGCGAACAGGAUCCUUACACUCUACUCAGGAGUAUAAAGGGCCUGCUUCAAAGCAGGCAGCCACCGAAGUUUGAGAAGCCGGCACUGACCCCGCCCAGACUGUGUGAGGGCCGCUUCGCCGGGCCCCUGCAGUACAGAGUGUGGAAGUCACUGAAGGGAAGCAUCUAUCCAGUUCCCUCAGCCAUCACAUUCAACUCCAAAACAGCCAACCCCUGGCUCAGUCUCACAUCUUCGCUCACCUGUGUGCGCUACCAGACCUUCAACAAUGCGGUGCAGGACAAUCCACAGCGAUUCAACGCAGCGCUGUCUCUUUUGGGCAGUCAAGGGUUCACUAAAGGCCGGCACUACUGGGAGGUGGAGGUGUACAGCAGCACCGUGUGGACCGUAGGAGUCGCUCGUGAAUCUGUCACGAGAAAAGGCGUGAUCAAUACCAUGCCUGCCAAUGGCUUCUGGACGCUCUCACUAUCGUAUGGAGUUCAGUAUAUGGCCGGGACAUCUCCGCCGACAUUGCUGUCUUUGGAGGAGCCGCUGGCGAGGAUCGGCGUGUAUCUGGACUACAAGAGAGGCCUGGUGUCCUUCUACAAUGCCGAGAGCAUGACGCACCUCUACACCUUCAAGGACACCUUCACCGAGACCCUCUACCCUUAUUUUAACCUGGGCUUCUUGGAUAAAGUGCAUGAAAAUGAGCCUCUAAAAGUAUUCUUACCUAAAAUCUGAAUUUUUGUUAUUUUCUUCGUUCAUGAUAUUAAUAUUUCUUUUACAUAUAUAUAUAUAUAAAACACCAGGCUGGACCUGGAUAUUUUAAGUUAAGCUAUUUUAGAAAAGACAUAGGAAAAAAAAUACCGUCUUAUCAUACCAGUGGGUUAGUGGAGGCACAUGGAAAAUGAAACCAAGUCUUCAAAAACGGAUGGAAACUAUGGCUUAUGACCCUUUCCCACAUUAAAGCUACCAAGCAUAAGUUACCCCCUUACCUGGUAGAUAUCAAAUAUUCUACACGUUUCUGUGAUAUUUCUAGGUUUUAUAAACAAAGGGGUGAGGAUUUGUCUGGUCAGCAUGGUCCAGCCAGCCCCUGCUGGUACAUGGUCGUAACUACACCUUUUUCUCCAUUGACAGCUAAUUGGCUGUGUAUUUUAAGCUACAUAUCAUCAGAAGAAUUUCAGUAUAUUACAGUAUUUGUUUAACCAUUGACUGGUUCUUAUUAGAGGAUCUUAAAACCAUUAAAACAGACUUAUAUUUUCCUCUGUUGGCUGCUUUCAAUAUAACAGAGUUAUUAGUGAGCACAGAUGACCACAAGCAUACUUCCACUGCCACAGUCGGAAUGCUAACAGCUGUACUUCAGACC